AUGGUCAAGAUCCCUGUUGAGCGGCUUGAUGUGGCUGCUACCCUCUGCAGCGACUUUGGCUUUGCCUUCAACGGCGCCAACCGUGAGGUCUGCACUGUCUACAAGUGGCUGGACAAGUCCAUGGCCGACGGUGUUCCACCCAUGCCGCAGGCCUUGGCAGGCACAGUGGUCUUUGUUAGUCACGGCGAUGACGUCGUUGUUAUUCGCGAGGUCCGUGGCUACGGGCGGAACCACUGGUGCGUUCCUGGCGGCUCUAUCGAGCUUGGCGAGGAUCCGGCACAGGCUGCCGCUCGUGAGCUCGCCGAGGAGGUCGGCAUCACCGCCCAUCCAGACGAUCUGCAGCUCAUUGCGCUCCGCACAGCACGUGGCAAGGCUGGGCCCGGCAUCUUGCCUCCGGGCUACAUGUCCAUCUUCUUCCUUCCGCUCGAUGCCAGUGCCGAGCGGCCUGUCCUCGUCCCGGGUCCCGGCGAGAUCGCCGAGGCUCGCUGGGUCCCAUUUGACGACUUUGUGGCCGACUACAUCGAGCCGCACCCAACCGAGUACGACAGCAACGGGCUCCCCGACAUGAAGCCGACGCCGCCGACUUGGGCGGCCAUCCAUCACCUCGCCUCUGCUGCCAACGCGGCCUGGCGCGCCGGCGAUACUCUGCUCGGCUUUGGCGCCAUCCGCACGCCCAUCUCGCUCGUCACCCGCGACACGCCCCGCGAUGAUCCGCGAUGGGCCAAGACACACACCGUCUUUGCCCCGCACUUUCUCCUCUCUCGCAUCUCCCCGGUCGUGGACACGGCUCUCACUCCGCCUGCUGCACAUGACUUUGCUUCGGAUCUUCCUCUUGGCGACUUUGGCGUCCUCGACUUGGAUGCUGCUGGCCUGGAUGCGAGCCCUGUCAUGGACCUGGGCAUUCUGGGGCCGCUGCCGAUGGAGCUGGAGACAGCGGCAGCUGCCAUUCCCGCGCCGUCAGCCUUGCGCGAGGCAGAGUCCUCCCGGUCGCCGUCGCUCUCGCUCGACGAGGAGCAUGGUGACGACCUCGCUGGUGAGAAUGCCAACCCGUUUGCGAAGAUGGCGUCGACGUCGGCGACAGUUGUGGCCCGCCAUCCGACAGAUGGCCCUGCCUUUGUUGCCGCCGUCCGCAGCCUGCCGUUUCUCGUCCAGGUUUAUGCUGCCGCCAGCCAUCCCAUGCUCUGCCCGGAGCUGCGCUUUGAUGAUGAUGGCGUGCUCGAGCUGCACGAGCAGACGCCGCCCUCGGCGGUCUUCACCACACUCUUCACCCGGCACGACUCGUUCCGCCGCCGCUGCAACGAGCAUGGCUUUACCAAGCCCAAGGGUCGCUCGAGCCUUGUGCAUGACAACUUCUCCGCCGACAUCACCCCCGCCGACGAGCUUGCACUCUACCACCGCCAGCUCGCCCGCCGCGCCAAGCGCCGCAACCGCGCCCGCAAUCGCGCUCGCUGCCGCGCUUCCACACCCUCGAGCCCAAACUCGGGCGAGAUCCUUGCCCUGAAUGACGGCUUUAACUCGCUCAAGCGCCGUUGCAGCGAGGUCGCCACCGGCAUGGCCACCAAGCGUGCCCGCCUCCUUAACUUCAACGCCGCCACCGACAAGUUGGCUGCCGACCUCGCCGCCCAUCGCAAGAAGACUAACGCUCUCUUGGCGUCGGUCAAUGCACUUGCAGCUGCAGUUCUCCCGCACCGUACCCUCGCCUAA